UUGGGAGAAGAAGUGGGAAAGAAUCAAUUUAUCAAAUGACACGAAAUGCUUUGUCAUAGUGUCUUUGCUUCAAGCAAUAGUUCUUAUAAUACUUCAAAUAAGAAUCUUUUUGCGUAAUACUUCGCUUAGCGAUCAGAUGGAAUCUUAUCUAGAACAAAAUAAAACUCUUGCUGCUUCAUGUGAAAUGGGCUUAGCUGAAAAUAGACUUACCUUAAUGUUUGCUGAAAAUAGUUCACCCAAACAUGAUUCAAAUAUUUGUGAUACUUGGACUCGAUAUUGCAAGCUCUCUUUAUGGAAUU